CCGUAUAUGGAGUUCUUUCCAAAUUUUCCUCAUCCUUAAUAAGUUAUGGGAAUUAGUUAUCGGUGUGGGGAAUUUGCCCAAGACCGAGGCCUACGAUCUAUGUAUUUUGAAAUUAUUUUGUCAUGGGUUAAUUAGUGCAGUAUUAUUCAAUAGACUAAGAAAAAUUUUUAUUAUGAAAAAGCACAUUUCCCAGAGCAGGGCCUUCAUCUCACUCAGUGCAGGCAUGUCAGGUUUCGGAAAGAGUUCCAUAUACCGACGCCACUUGACACCCUGUGCACAAAUACUAUGGGACAGGUCUGAAAAAUAAGUAAAUGACUUGUUUUUUCCCUCCUAAAUUGAAUUUUACUGGACAUUCAUUUGCUUUACGAUGGCUAAUAGGUUACUGUAGGGAAUAAUUACUGGCGUCCGUAUAUGGAACUCUUUCCCAGGUUUCCUCUGAUCUGCUGAUUUCCUUGUUUUUUUUAAUGUCUUGCAUAUGCCAUUGCAACUUGGAAAACACUGUCUUGUGUGGUUUUGGAUUUCCCCUAUUUUUUUUAAAGAAUUUCCUUUGCAUGCUUGAUCUUAAUGACAGUAAACGAUGUUGGUCACUUUGCCUAUGUACCACUUUGCCCAUUUUUGACUCUGUUCAAUUGCCACUUCAUGCAUCACGGGCCACUUUGCCCACGUUUACUUCUUGUCCGUGCAGAGUACCAGCUAAACUCUAAUGAUUUAAUAUCACAUUAUCCAACAAGUAUCUUUUGGAUACAGUACAUGUACAUGUAUGCAAAAUUAAUUAUUUACUGGCAGCUGAAACAAAUUCAUUUUUUUAAAACUCUGGUACAUGACAUAUACCGGUACGUGUAUGUGUCAGUCUUACCAGUGUGGCAUUGUGUUUCCGUUGGUUUAUCUAGGCCUCUUGAAGAAUGCGGUUGUGUUCAUCUUUGUCUCAUAAAUGCAAAAAAGGAUACUCUGUCACUUUUUUGGAGGGCGUUGUGUUGGAGUAGGAGCGUGGAAUGUUGGUUAUUCCAUGCUUAAAGUCUAAAAAUGAUAUUUAUGUCUUAAGAGAAGAGCACAUGGGCAAAUUUGUACAUUGGUUAAGUUACAAAUGAGCAAAGUGGCAGAUUGUUGAAGUGACUAAUGGCGAAGUGGUACAUGUAAAUGGGCAAAGUGGUAAUGGCAAAGAUUAGGAAAACAUGAAGGGUUGGGUCUUGGUACGUGUCCGUGUACUCUAGGACUGCCUGGUAAGUCAAGAUCUUAAGUAUUUCACUAGUUUCAUUUGAGGCUUCAAUUCAAUUUUCACAGUUUUUCUGCUACAUUUUGCGCUGAAAGAUGAAGAUUAGGGAUUUCAGUUUUAGAGCCUGAGAUUAGACUGGCACCAGCCAAUAAGUGAAUGAUGAGGGAUAAUUAGCAGGUUGUUUUAUGCACCGGUCCAUUGUUUUGCUUUCCACAUUUUCACUAUCUUAAGUUUUUACUGUCAUGCUAAGUACUGAAAGGGCAACAUUUUGGGUAAAGUUUUUUUUCCAACUUGUCAUUGCCAAGUGAUGAACUCUGCCAUUUAUUCUGGAAGUUUGAACUAAUACAAGUACCGGUAGUUGGCUUUCCAGACCAGAGGAAAUCUGUCAUUGUUUGCCAUUAAAACAUUGUACAUACAUGUACAGAACUAAAUUCACAGAAAAUUGAGUUGGUUCAGUGUUACAUGUAUAUGUGUUUGAAAAUGAGGAAAUAACUUUACAGAUCUUGCAUCAAUCGCACCUGAAGAGCUGGAAUGCUCAGGAUGUAUAUUAUAUUAAAAAAUGCUUUGCCCCCUGCUGUCCUUCAUUUUGUAUAUUUUUCCUUGAAUUUUAGUAAAAAUUGCUUCUUAAAAUGCAUUGUUGAAAUGUGAUUGUGCAGCUUUGUAGUUAUGCCCUUCAGAAUUCCCAAUGUUGCAAAAGCAUAGCAUGAACAUCAAACUUCAUUUCCUUACAUAAGAUUUUCUCUAUGAGAAACCUUUAUCAAUUACAUGCAACAUUUUACAAUUUCAACCUGCAAAGUCAUUCCAAAAUCCAAUAAGAAAGAAAAAUUGAUUUGACCCCCUGAAUCUGACAGUGUGUGAUAUCUCAAGUGCAAAUGAAUGCAACUGUAGGCUUUGAACUUCUAAAAAAAUGACCAAAAAACUGUUUUUGUCAACAUCAUUAUGUGCUGCACAUCCUGUGUUAGUACAGUAUGAAGAAUCUGGGCUUAACUGCCUUGAUUUGGUCAGCCAUAUAUCUCUAAUUACCGUGGACUACCGUUAGUACAUCUGCUGUGGGUGUACAGAUCCUUUCACAGGGAUACCUGGUGAUUGCAUAAAUUCUCAAAGCUUGCCUUAUUCUGGGUGGGUGGAUCCAAAAUUUCAACGUAGGAGUCAGCGUAUAAAUAUUGAUGCAUAGUAUAGUAUGAGGUCCUUUAUUGUGCAGUUGAUGUAGCAAGAGUAGUGCAUACAUGCAUGUACAUGUACAUGUAUGUAUUUACAUGUUCUUUACAAAUAUACCUGUACACUAUCAUUUAAAAACAAAAAAACACUGGAAAUAUGCAGUUCCACUAUUUACGUUCUAGAGCAACCUGGAAAUGGAGGUUAAAUCACUCAGGUCAUGAACUCUUGGUAAGGUCACAAUAAGAGCUACAUGAAUGAUAACACAAUCAUUGGAUGGUAAAUAGGGGAAAGAAAACUUGACAGUGUGUGUCAAAAUGGCACCUGCAGUGUUAAGGAAUGUGCAAUAGAAAUUUAAAGAUGUGAAAUUCUGAAUUGUCUGACGUAAUAGUUCGAGGACAGUUGGGUGAUAAAAGGGUGAAAAGUUUAGGAAAAUGAGCAAGUCUACGUACAAGACAAAGAUCUGGCAUUUGUGAAAACCAUGGUAACUAUCCAAAACAGAAGUCAACAAAUCUGAAAUGUCUAGCAUACCAGCAAGGGAUGUUAUGCACAAGUACAGUGAUACUGCAGGGCAAGCCAGGUUUGACAGUUGGAAUGACGUCAAGGAAAACGAAGCGUAUUGUUGUGAAAGGAAUUCAUUGUCAAAACGCCCACUGUGACCUUGAUGUUGGGGAAGUUUAUUUCGCUGUGUAUUUCAGAAACCUAUGGUUACACUUGAACAUAUAAAUGCUCUUGGGGUUUGUGUAAAGCUUUAAAGUAAGCUACAUUGACUGUGUGUUCACUUAGUAGACCAGGAUUCCAACCAUUUGAAGUGAGCAGGUUUAACUUUUGGAAGAUGAAGUUUUCCAAGUUGCAGCACAACAUGGUGAAUACCAUGGACUUAACUGGUGGAAGUUGGCCAUUUAGAGAUCAGGAUUACAUUCUUAACCUGUGCCAAGGGUCGGAUGAACUCAGGAUUGAGGAGAGGUUACCCCCUGGCUUCGGAGACUUGCUAGAAGGCAAACUUGAUGGCAUUUCUGCAGAGACUCAGGCCAAGAUAGACCGGGAUGGAGAUACUCUUAUCCUGCGUGGUGAUGAGACACAUGUGGCAAUGGCCAGAUCUCUUAUUGACCAGGAAUACAAAGUCUUGAAACAAGAGAGAGAGGACUACUUUUCCUCUGAGAGCAACCUAGAUGACCAGACAUUUGGUAGAUCACACAUGCCAUCCCCACAGCACACUUCAUUAAAGAAUAACUUUGACUCAACAGAUUCAUCCGCCUCAAGAUUUUGUAUGACUGGGCAGAAUAAUUGGACCAUCAGUGGGGACACUGUGAGCAACUUGCCUGAUAUUUCACUCUCUUCUGGAGUCGGGAAUACAGAGCAAGCACGGCACUCACCUAAACUUAUCCCACGGAGUGUGCCCGUAGCCCCACAGACCGCAGAGACAUUUACUCCAAGGGAUGACAAGACAGCAAGUGUUGUCAGCAGCAUGCAGAAACUAGGCUUCCCUAAGGAGCAGGUGCACUCAAUCUUGCAGCAGCUGGGUCCAAACGCAGACCACAAUGAUAUCUUGGGUGCCCUGGUCAACCAGCGGCCCACCAAGACUGACUUAGAGGAAGUAGAGGAAACUGGGAAGGAGGAGACAAGGACAUCAGGGGACAUGAGUGACGGGUUGCCCUCAGGUGACGGAGCCGAGGAUGAGUCCAACAAUCUCAGACCCAUCAUCAUUGAUGGUAGUAAUGUGGCAAUGAGUUUUGGUAACAAGGAUGUUUUUGCUUGCAAGGGCAUCCAGAUAGUUGUUGACUGGUUCUACCGAAGGGGACACACAAAGAUCUAUGUGAUUGUUCCAUCCUGGAGGAAGGAAGCCUCUAAGCCAGAUACGCCAAUAACAGAUCAAAACAUCUUGAUCGACUUGGAGAAACGUAACUUUGUUGUCUGGACUCCAUCCCGACGCAUCAACGGUCGCCGCAUCGCCUGUUACGAUGAUCGCUACAUUGUCAAGGCAGCAGAACAGGAGGAUGGCAUCAUUGUCUCUAACGACCACUUCCGAGACAUUCAGAAUGAGAAGCCUGAAUGGCGUAAAAUCAUUGAUGAACGACUCCUCAUGUACUCAUUCGUCAAUGAUCAAUUCAUGCCUCCAGAUGACCCACUCGGUAGACGUGGUCCGAGCCUGGACAACUUCCUGCGUAUGAAGCCCACAAUGCCAGACCACCUGCCCCAGGCCUGCCCCUAUGGAAAGAAAUGCACCUAUGGCAACAAGUGCAAAUAUUACCAUGCCGACCGGCCCAACCGUCCAAUGAAAUCCAUCAGCGAGACUCUGAAAGAACGGGACAAGAACCGCAAGGAGAAGGCCAAGUUAAGCUCUGACCGUAGUGGUAGCCCAAGGUUUUCCUCCGUUGCAUCUGCACCCAUUCCUGGCUAUCCAUCACAGAGGGAGACCUCCCCAAUGCCUGAAUGGCACACAACUCCCCUCCCCGGUCCUAGUACCCAACAGUUAAGCCCUAAAAGGGGUGGACGAAAUGCCUCCGAGUCAAGUGCCUUGCAAACUAACUCUGGUUCGCCUGGUUCCCCGCAUCAUUUCCAGACAGUAGAAGUCCCAUCCCACUCACCAUACUCAAUAGCCACAGAUGAGACAUUCGGGACACCAGACUUGCAACAGUAUCAGCAGAGUGCAGGAGUAGCCCAGCUUCAUAGUCAGGUGUCAUUGCAAUCUUUGAAAAGUCCCCCAUUUGGACGAGCAAGCCACACUGCACCUCAGCAGGCUUUCUGUCAGCAAACAGAUAGAAAAACCCAACGGGACAUUUUCACAAUGCCACUGCAAAGAUACCCUUCCCCAAGUCCAAUAGAGAGGGGGUAUCCCCAGAGAGAGGAAUCCCUCAUUGCUAAGAGAAUGUCCAUGCCUCAACUCAUGUAUGGAUCUGGUGAAUCAUUGAGUCACACUCCCUCUGGAAUGGGUUUUGAGAGGAGGCCAUCACACAAUGACCUGGUGUCAGACUUUCAGUGUUUGAAGCUCCAGGAUUCCAGUGGAAUGCAGUUAUCAAGAGAACCACAACCGAACUAUGGAUACAGGCAGUCACCACGGCAAUAUCACAGUGGAGAACCAUUACCAGGGCUCCCUCAACCUCUUCCUAACAACCACCAUGGAGAUGUCAGUCAGGGUACCAGUCAACCCAUGACCUAUCACAGCAGUGACAUCUAUGCUGCCCAGCGUUCAUUGCAAAGUGGCAUCGGCUCAGAUCAGAUGAUGUAUCCGCCUGCCCACCACACCUCACCCCCAAGGUACCACCCACAGAACGAACUGACUCCCCAGCCGUACUACCCAAGCCCAGGUCCAGUGCCGAUGGCAAGUGCAUGGCACACCGGCAGCAGUAGCAGAUCCACAUCAGAAAAUGUGCCGCCUCACAGGAACUCGGAGCCAGUUAAGUCGUUUGAGGAACAGCGCAAGUAUAUUUUCAACAACCUGGCCAGCCGGUUUGGCGUGGACCAGGUCAAAGCAGUCAUGCAAAGACAUCCGCAUGAAACUAAUCCCAGUAAUCUGAUCAUGUACAUGAACACCAACACUUAAACAACUCACUGCACCUUUAGGCCAUUUCAACUGGCCAUUUAAGCUCAGUACCUUCAGGGAACACGACUGUUGACCCUGAUAUCUUGAGUGUUACUGGCCAACUUGCCAAAAGUAAAAGUUGUUAUCACAACUGGGAGCCUAUUUGUGACCAUUGUUAGUGGCUGUCAUUUAUAAAGAAGGUUGUGGCUUCUAAGCUAGAGCUACCCAUUAUCAGUAGCCGUAAGUUUAGUAACCGAAGUGUGUCCACUGGCCAUAAUGACUGGACAGUAGCCACACUGAUUCAUCAAGUAAAACCUCGUGAUUUAUCACAUAUUACUUCAGUGCAUCCAGGAGAAAAAAAAAGAAAAGAUCUGUAGUGUAUUUCUACUUAAGUUCCUUCAAGACAACACUGCCCUGACAAUCAAAGCUUAGUGCUGGUUGUGCCAAUUACAAUGUAAGCUGCCAUUAAAUUUUAGACAUGCUUUCUUAAGAACGUAGAUUGUUCCUAGUUCAAUGUUUUACAUCCUCCUCGCCUGUAUUUUUGGCCAAAAUGACUGAAAAGUCUAGCACCC